UUAAGAAAUAUUUUUAAAGCUUAAUAUUAUAAAUAAAGAUGAAGAACGUAAUAGUAGCCCUCUUGGCUAUCGUACUGCUUACUUCUACAUUCUCUGUAGUUAAAGCCAAAAAGACUCAAAAAGCUAGACUCUUUGGACUUGAAAACUCUUUCAAGUCAGGACUAACAUUUAUAGAGCUCUUUGACUCUUUCUUAGACGGGUUUGAAGUAAACUCUUUGGUUGCUAACUCAACUGAGUGUGUUCAUAAGACUGAAAGAGGAUAUGCUGAUGUCUAUGAAGCUAUCAACCAUUUAAUCCAUAGAGGAUGGACUUGGGAAAACCAUCUUGAUUUACUUGGAUCAAUGGGACAUGUAACUCCAAUUACCAGAACCUGCUUUGACGUCACUGUAGGUGCAAGAGAGCAAAUCAACUCCUUCUUUGGUAACUUUGAUGGAUUCAUUGACUUCGCUAGCCAAGUGAGAGGUGGUAUUAUUACCAACGCCUGGGAGUGGUACACAAUCUCAUCUGCUCUGGUAUCAGCCAUUCAAAAUAAUAGACCAAAAGAAGUUGCAUUCCAAGCUGGCAGAGGCUUAAAGCUCUUAUUUAAAUUUAACCCAAGACUUAACACUCAGAAUGUUGCUGAAUUGGAAGCCUCUCUUCCUAGCCUCAGACCACUUGAAGAUUUUAUGAAAGGGUUUAUUACAGGAUCUAGAGUUUUCGAUUCAGAAAACAUUAGAAAUUGCGUCAACGAAACAGAAUUUUUAGUUGCUUCCAUUGAAGAUGCCAAUAGAGAAUUUUCUAGAAGAACUGAUGCUGGAUUCAGAGCUGGAGUCUUCGAGGUCGCAGACAUCUUCGAGAGACUUAAGCCUCUUUACCUCUGGUGUUAUGACGGAACAAAUGACGUGGUGAGAAUUGCCACAAAUAUGUACAACACCUUUAACUCUCCAAUUGAUAUUGUUAUCAACGCUGCUAGGAACGGACCAGCUAUCUCUGCUGCAGCCCUGAGCGUUUGGCAAGCUUUCAGAAAUGAAAACUGGAAGACAGUAGGAGAGCAGAGCGGGUAUAUCUUCUUCAUGGUCUUCAAAACCGGAUAAUUUAGAAUAAUUUUGUUAAGAUUCUGAUUUCUCUCCAACCAGAUUAUC